AUGAAGAAAUAUGAAAACAUUGAAAAUGAUGAUUUGUACGAGAGAGGAUUGAAGAACAAAGUUCCAGAUCUUCGACUUAUUGAUGAAGAUGAAAUCAAACAUAUUGAGCCACAUUGUCGUGGUAUGCAAGCGAUACAUUCUCCACAUACUGGAAUCGUUGAUUGGGAGUUAGUAACAGAAUAUUAUGCGAAAGAUUUUGAAAAUGCCGGUGGACAAAUCUUCACGAACUUUGAAGUGAAAAAUUUUAAACCAUGUGAUGAUCCUGACUUUCCGGUAAUGAUUGUUGAUGGGAAAAAUCAAAAGAUUUCUGCAAAAUAUAUUUUGACAUGUGCUGGAUUGCAAGCUGAUAAAAUUGCUGGAUUAACUGGAAAUAAGAAUCCUCCUAAGAUUGUUCCAUUUCGUGGAGAAUAUCUUUUACUCAAUCCGAAAAAAGCUCAUUUGAUCAAAGGAAAUAUAUAUCCAGUACCGGAUCCACGUUUUCCCUUUCUUGGAGUACAUUUUACACCACGCAUGAAUGGAGAAGUUUGGCUUGGACCAAAUGCAGUGCUUGCAUUCAAACGAGAAGGAUAUACUUGGUUCGACAUCAAUCUUUUUGAGCUUUUCGAUGCGUUGAAGUAUCCAGGUUUAAUUCGAAUGGCAACUCGUUAUAUUGGAGCUGGAAUUAAGGAAAUUUCGCAGUCACUUUUUCCCGCACUUCAAGUCAAAGAACUUCAAAAAUAUGUCCCCGAAAUUACAACAGCUGAUGUAUCACGUGGACCAGCAGGUGUUCGAGCACAAGCUUUAAAAUCUGACGGAUCUUUAGUUGAUGACUUUAUAUUUGAAUAUGGGGAAGGUUCGAUUGGUAAUCGAAUUCUUCAUUGCUGCAAUGCACCAUCACCUGGUGCCACCUCAAGUCUUGCCAUUGCCAAAAUGAUUUCCGAUAAAGUUGAAAGUUCAUUUCGAUUCAUUAAGAGAAAUUAA